AGUUACUUCCUGACUGUUCUUCCAGCUAACAACAACACAAGUGGCUACUGGCUAGCAAUCGGGGUGACAUUAUUGAUCAACUAAGUUUUCUUUAUUGUCAACGUCGAUGUAACAUUUGAUGUCAUCUCUCUGUUUUAAAACGUAGAGAGUUAGCAGGUUUGCUGGCUGACUGGCUGUUUCGCCAUAACUACUAAGUUGACGUUAGCUAACUGCUAGCGUUUCUAUCGGAAGACUGUAGGCAUGAUGGCGUCCAGCUACAACGCAAAGGAGGAAGACGGGCAUCACCCUGGGGCCUCUGGGCCAGGUGGAGCGGCAGCGAACAGUAAAAAGCCUGAUAAUACAGCUUUCAAACAGCAACGUUUGCCAGCUUGGCAACCAAUUCUUACAGCAGGCACCGUUCUUCCUGCAUUUUUCGUAAUCGGCCUUAUAUUCAUUCCUAUCGGAAUCGGUCUCUAUGUCACGUCAAAUAACAUCAAGGAAUUCGAGAUUGAUUAUACGGGGAUAGACAUGUCCAGUCCCUGUUUCAACUGUUCUCAGAACUUCAGCUGGAAUAGCACUACACCAUGUAAAUGUUCUCUUCCCUUUUCUUUGGACCAACCGUUCGAGAGUAAUGUCUUCAUGUACUAUGGCCUUUCAAACUUCUACCAAAACCAUCGCCGCUAUGUGAAGUCCAGAGAUGAUAGCCAGCUCAAUGGAGACUCUUCCUCUCUCAAGAGUCCUAGCAAGGAAUGCGAGCCAUACCGUGAAUCCAGUGACAAAAAGCCAAUUGCCCCAUGUGGUGCGAUUGCAAACAGCAUGUUCAAUGACACUCUGGUGUUGUACUACAUUGACCCGAAUGGCACUAGAACAGAAAUCCCCCUUGUUGACAAAGGUAUUGCGUGGUGGACAGACAAACACGUGAAGUUCAGGAAUCCUGGAGGCAGUAACGCCAACCUCACUGCCAGUUUCCAAGGUACUUCUAAGCCUGUGAACUGGAAUAAACCAGUUUAUGAGUUGAGUACUGAUCCAGAGAACAAUGGCUUCAUCAACGAGGACUUCAUCGUUUGGAUGCGUACCGCUGCGCUUCCCACCUUUCGCAAGCUGUAUCGCAUCAUCCAGAGGAAAAACAGCAUGACUCCAACACUGCCCCAGGGUGACUACACCUUGGAGGUCGCCUACAAUUACCCUGUGCGUAGCUUUGAGGGCCGCAAGCGCAUGAUCCUCAGCACCAUCUCCUGGAUGGGGGGAAAGAACCCCUUCCUGGGCAUUGCAUACAUCACUGUGGGCUCUGUCUGCUUCUUCCUGGGUGUGGUGUUGCUCAUUAUCCACCAUAAACACGGCAACCGCAGCAGCGCUGACAUCCCCAACUAGACCGCGUCAUCAUGGCCAGAGCAGCAGUGGUCUGCAUGCUUGUCUGGCCGAGGGCAUGCAUGAUAAAGAGACGGUUGUGGUGCAAGCUUUUGCCAUUGCGUCUGCUCUGUGUGCAUAUGUGCAUUUGGGUUGUCUGCUUGUGUAUGUUAAUUGACUGGAUGUCAGAGGACUAAGAAAUAGUUAAACUUGGAAGUGUAUUUAUUUUUAUUCUGAUUCUGAUAUUGCAUUAUGACGUGACUAUGACUAAUAUUUUAUGCUUGAGAGGAAAUGCUAGGACCUCCCCUCAGACAUUGUGCUGAUGUUACUACUGAUUGGAAUGCUCUAUGUCAAGGGAAAAAAAACAGGUUAUUCCAAGGGGUAUUUUUAAUACUGCCAUUAUGAGAAUGUUCUAUUCAGAUAUUUUUUUUUUUACUGGUGUCCGCAACAAAAGACGUAAACAGUUGAAGUUAUUUUGUGCUAUAUGAAUGAAUACAUGUGAUACUUUGUCAGUUUACAUAAUGUCCACAGUAGUGGCCAGCUAGGCUUUGGUUAACAUCUUUUAGAGGUUGGCUUUAUUCAUUUUGUGUUUUUGUCUAGGUCACAUGCUGCCACUUUCUUUGCAGGGCUUUACAAAUCUGUGUGCCAGCAAUGGAUUUAGCUGUAUAGAUGGAGUUGAUAAUUAAAUUGUUUUAUGUUAAAGGUCCCAAAAGAGAUGAAUGACUAUGUAAAUAAUUAAAAGUAGCAAGAGACUUUAAAAGCAGAGUGAUCAUUUGUAAUUGAGGGUCUCGUGAAGAUUUGGGGGCCUUUUAUGUUUAUUUCAUAUUUUAUUCUUUUCACUGAAGUGGCAAGACCUUGAGGUUUUUUACUGUUCACAACAUAUUUUGCACUUCUGAAUUGUCAUAGAUUUCCUUUAUCCAGUAGGCUGACAAAAAAAAAAAAAAACUGUCAGUUUUGUCUUACGCCAGUGUGCUAUUUACCCUUUAUGUCAUUACACAAAUAAAAAAGAAACUUGAAUCA